AUAACUUUGAUGUACUUUACGUCUCCUUCUAUAUACUAGUACUGGUUUGCCUUUUUCUUGAGAGCAACUUCGAGUGCACUAAGCCACAGCUUUAAGCAUACAUUUAUUGAUAUUUUGUAUACGUUCGCUCCUCGGGGGACUGCCGGUGUCUACUGCGGGCUAUGGAGGAAGACUCGAGACACGCUUACUUCAUGAAGCAAGCUUUAUUGAUGGGAGAAAAAGCUCUCGAAGCAGGUGAAACUCCCGUUGGAUGUGUCUUAGUAUAUGACAACCAUAUAGUCAGUUCUGGAAUGAACGACACAAAUAGGUCGCUGAAUGGUACAAGACACGCGGAGUUUAUUGCUAUCGAGCAGAUGCUCAGAAGCUAUCCCAAGUCCUUACUUCGUUCAACAAAACUCUAUGUCACGGUCGAACCGUGUGUUAUGUGUGCUUCUGCUCUGAGGCAGUACCGAAUACAGGCUGUGUAUUUUGGCUGCGGUAAUGAACGUUUUGGGGGCACGGGAAGCAUUCUCUCACUACACACCGAUUUCUCAAUAGACCCACCUUACCCAGUUUAUGGUGGGUUGUUCAGUAAAGAAGCCGUAAUGCUACUUCGAAGAUUUUAUAUUCAAGAGAACGAGAGAGCACCCAAGCCUCGCCCCAAGAAAAAUAGAGAACUAAAUACAAGAUUUGAGGAUGACACCUGAGAGCUACAACCUUACGGCCUUGGAGGUAGCAAGACUUGGAAGGCCACCGAAGUCACUAGAAAAUGGCACUGGCACUGGCACUGUGGAAAAACUUAUCGCUACCAUGUGGCUUAGGAGGGCCAUGGUUAAGAGGGAAAAUGUGAAAGUUCUCAUA